AUGGAAAUGCAAAGGAGACUUAACCCCAACAUGAGAGAUGUUGUUAAGGGUGAGAUUAUGAAAUUGCUUGAUGCGGGUAUCAUACACCCGAUUCGAGAUAGCCAGUGGGUCAGUUCCAUUCAAGUGGUACCCAAAAAGUCUGGCAUAGUUCUAGGGCAUAUCAUUUCUGAGAAAGGCAUAGAAGUAGAUAAAGCCAAAGUUGAUCUAAUUCAACACUUGCCUCGACCUCGCUCUGUGAGAGAGAUAAGUUCAUUAUUAGGCCAUGCCGGUUUCUACCAACGAUUCAUCAAAGACUUUAGUAAAAUUUCAAGCCCCUUGUGUGGUAUUCUUGCAAAAGAUGUUGCUUUUGUAUUUGAUGAUGCUUGUGUGCGUGCAUGGGAAGAACUUAAAACCCUCCUCACGUAUGCUCCUAUAGUCAUACCACCCGACUGGACUUUACCAUUUGAAAUUAUAUGCGAUGCGUCUGACUAUGCUGUAGGAUCUGUUUUAGGUCAGCGAGUAGACAAACUCCCUUAUGUGAUCUACUAUGCUAGUAAAACACUUAAUGAUGCUCAACUGAAUUAUUCAACCACUGAUAAAGAAUUGCUAGAUGUUGUGUUUGCAUUGGAUAAGUUUAGAUCUUAUUUGAUAGGGUCUAAAGUCAUCAUAUAUUCUGACCAUGCUGCAUUGAAAUAUCUUAUAUCUAAGAAAGAUGCUAAGGCUCGUAGAAUGCCUUUGCAUUGGUCCAAACAAGACCGUUCUAAAUUCUUGGCUGAAGUGAAAUACUUCUUUUGGGAUGACCCAUACUUGUUUAAAUACUUCCUUGGCCAACUCAUUAGGAGAUGUGUCCCCAAUUCUGAACAAAGAGAUGUCAUCUAUUUCUGUCAUGACCAUGCAUGUGGAGGCAAUUUUAGUUCCAAGAAAACUGCUGCAAAGAUCUUGCAGAGUGGUUUCUAUUGGCCGUCAUUGUUCAAAGAUAGUCAUGCAUUCUGUGGUAUUGAUUUCAUGGGUCCAUUUCCUAACUCUGAAGAAAACAUUUUCUCUCGUUUUGGAACACCUAGAGCAAUAAUCAGUGAUGUUGUUACAAACUUUUGCAAUAGACCUUUUGAAUCACUUAUGCGCAAGUAUGGAAUCACUCACAAGGUAGCAAAACCAUACCAUCCACAAACCAGUGGGCAAGUAGAAGUUUUUAAUAGGGAAAUCAAGCAUAUUCUUGAAAAUACUGUUAAUCCUACUAGGAAAGAUUGGUCUUUACGUUUAAAUGAUGUUUUAUGGGCCUAUAGAACUGCGUACAAAACUCCUAUUGGCAUGUCCAGUUAUAGACUUGUGUAUGGUAAAUCAUGUCAUCUACUUGUAGAGCUAGAACAUCGAGCAUAUUGGGCUAUUAAGAAAUUGAACUUUGAUCUUGAUAAGGAUGGCACCCAAAGGAAACUUCAACUAAAUGAGUUAGAAGAAUUGAGAAAUGAUGCUUAUGACAAUGCUAAGUUGUACAAGAACAAACUGAAAGGGUUCCAUGACAAGCAUAUUUUGCGCAAGUCAUUUACACCUGGCCAAAAGGUUUUGUUGUACAAUUCUCUCUUACAUCUUUUUCCAGGUAAAAUGCGUUCGAGAUGGACAAGCCCGUUCUUGAUACACACAGUAUUCCCUCAUGGAGCAGCGGAACUCGAAGAUGUUACCAACAAGAACAUUUUCAAAGUCAAUGGUCAGAGAUUGAAACCAAUUCUAGAGUAUCUUCCACCAGAAGUUGAGACCAUAGACUUGGAAGACCCCGUCUAUGUGGACUAA